AUUUGCUGUUCUGCUUUCAGCGUUGCUGCAGGCAGGAGAGAGAGAGAGAGCUGAGGAGCACUGAGAGCAAAACAAACAUUUUCGUGAUUAUUUCCGCACGCAGCACUUCACAUUCUGGGCAAAGGAAAGGAAACAAAGUAGUCUGAAGAGGGGGAAAAAAAGCAACACGUAUCCGGUGGGACUGGGCUCCUGAGAGAGAGAGAGAGAGAGAGAGAGAGAGAGUUUGUUACUUAGUAGAAGAGAUUUGCUCGCUUUGCUGAAGGAAGCCUGGCGCUUGUCCGAGGAAUUAUGAGGAACCUUUGGAUGAUAUCGACCUUCUGCUUGACGGUCUUUCUUUCCGGUGAAAAGAUAUUGGUGACCGCUGUGAAGUCUCCAUCCUCCACAGAUGAUCUGUACCUCGAGGAAACAGGGUCUGGAGGAUACCCCGAAGAUGACGAUGACUUCAGUUCUGGAUCAGGCUCUGGUACUGGUGAGCAAGAGGAGGUGAUGGUUACAGGACAGACACUGUACAUAGCACCCAAAGCAAAACCUACGCAGGACAGCACCAAAGAAUUCACACCCAGAGUGGAGACUUUCACAGCCAGCCACACAAGAGAACUGCCAAGACAGCCUGUCAGGACAGAGCCCCCAGUUCCUGUCACAGACAACGUGCGCAGAAAUCCAGAUGGCGGUACCACCAGCUCUCCUCGUUCCCCCAUACAGCCCCACGAAGUGCACUCAGAAAACCUCUUCCAGAGGACAGAGGUUCUGGCAGCUGUCAUUGCAGGCGGAGUUAUUGGCUUUCUCUUUGCCAUCUUCCUCAUCCUCCUUUUGGUGUACCGCAUGAGGAAGAAGGAUGAAGGCAGCUAUGAUCUUGGGGAGAGGAAACCCUCUGGAGCAGUGUAUCAAAAGGCUCCUACCAAGGAGUUUUAUGCAUAGACUCCCUUUCCGCACGUGUCUCGUAAGCUACACUUCAUCAAUGACAGCAAUGAUGGUCUCAUAUCACUGAUGAAGACAAACACAUUCAAGUAAAGAUCAAAACUAUGACAUCAACUGAAGAACAUAAGUAACAUGAGAGCUUUUGCGUAGAGUAUUGUAAUUCAGACCUUUUUUUUUUUUAAAUAAAAAAAAACAAGCAGUUAUGGUAAAUCGCAGUGUAUUUAAACUUUUAUUGUGUUUUAAUUGAAAAGACGAAAAAAACCCACACAAUCUGUAAAGUUGAGGAAUUUUCAUCUGUCUUCUGUCAAAGGAGCUGUUUUUAGUCGCUGACUACUUUUUAACUGUAGCAGUAUGUAUUUGUAAAGAAAAAAUUUAAGUGGAAACAAUUUGAAUAGAAUUGUUCUGUAUCAGUCCUGCUUUCUUUUUCAGCAUUAUUUUGUCCUAGCAUGUCUAAUGUUGAUGUUAAAGGUGUAUUUCAUUAACUUAUCUUUAUCUCUGGCAUUUAAAAAUGCCUUUCUUUUACUUUUUAUGGAGCUCUUUUGUCUCUGGAUUAACAUUUUAUCCUUCAGUGCAAAUGUUCUCCCUGGUUUCCCCCCUCAAAAUCACCCCCUUGGCACUCAUGUCCACCUGGUCAAUUUUGAAUGGAGGGUUUGGGGUUUUUUUGUUUUGUUUUUGUUUUUUCCCUUCCCUCCUCCUCUUCCUUCCCCUCCCUCUUUUCUUGUCUUUUUUUGGUGUAGCUUUAGCUUCAUAUGUAACAUCACUUGUUGUUUGGUCAGUAAUUGGACAUAAAGGUGAUGGGCGACAGGACAGGUGUAGAGCAAAAUCUACCCACAGCAAGCUUUAUUAUUUAAUGUAAUUUGUUCCCAUUUGGUACGUGUAGGUGCUUGUCAGAGUUUGAGGAUGUUUUUAAAACAAAACAAAAUACAUUUUUCCUCCUCACGCCACUGCUCGGUGGUUGGCCGCUAAGUUCAGUUUGGUUUAUGAUGCGUCCCACUUGUAAUGCCUGGAUCCACUAUGAAUUUGCCUUGGAACCCAUUCCAGUGGGAACCGAUUGUUUUUGGCAUUGACAUGAGUUUAUAUUCGUGAUUAGAAGGAAUUGACGUACUGGUAUUACAGAAAAUCCUAUUUAAACCUGAUUGGUGCAUUUAUGCAUAAGCUGACGGUCUUUGGCUUUUGCUUAGGCUGAAUGGUUGACUCUGCUGCCCCUGAUUUGUUUGUUCCUCUCUCGGGUGUGAUGGCUUUUGAGCUUGGCUUGGCUGUCCUCCAGACUCAUGGGUGGCUUUUUGCCAGUGUUUUGAUGCUUAUGAUAAAGGCAUGCAUUUUGUCUCUAGAGUGAUCCAUGCCAAACAGUUUUGAUCUAAUCGGAGCCUUUUUGUGUUAGAAGCUAUACUUAGAAGUGGAGAACUGCUCCUGUUAAUGGUCUGUUGCUCAUCUAAAAUGAUAAUGAAUCCAGGAAGUUACUGCAGUGGGCUUUUUUUUUCCCCCUUCCUCCCCCCCGGAAGUAUGUAUGAAUUCAGCAGGUUAUGAAGUUGUACUAAGAAGGAGAGCAGAAUGAAGAGGCCCCUGUUUCCAAAAACACAUCACACAGUGCAUACUGAACUCCACACAUUCAUGGAUUUAGCGUCCUCUUGCCAACCUCAUGUAGUUACAACCCCUCUGACACGAUCCACCUUAGCUGGACAUGAACACAGUUAGUACAAAAAAAGAAAGAAAGGAUUCUUGCAUUGUGGUAUCAUAUUCCCUUGGCUACCUUUUUGAGUUUUCACAUUUUAUUGUGACUUUUUUUCAUAUUUUUUUUUUAUCCUUUAGACUUUUUAAAGAUGAGUCCAAAUGUUUAUUCACAUAUAAAAACUAUAUAGAAUAAAAUAUAUAAAUGUAUAUUCACGAAAUGUUUUAAACCUUCAAAGUGCCUAUCAUUUGGAAAUGUGCUUGUGUGUAUUGGCCGAAGGGAGUGUGUAUACAUCAGAAUGGCCAGAGCAACUGGUAGCGUGUAAGCACAGCUGACUGUAAUGGUAACCUUUUUUAGUCUUACAAAAUGCAGACAGUAUUGUAAGUUGAAACAACACUACUGAAUAAACAUUGUGGCCUAAUGUU